CAGCUACUACAGCAACUACACUAACUUCAACAACUACAGUAACUACAGCAAUUACAUCAACAUUCUCAUAGUGGGCUUAGUGGUCACUUAAUGUCUCUAUAUUCGUGAGGGUUAUCAUGAACCCAUUACCCAAUUUUGCGCGAUAAUGUAUGUUUCCCUAAGAUCAAAACAAAGACCUGCAUCUAAAUUAUAAAAGCAUCUAAAUUAUAAAAUCACUAGCGACGGACAAGUCUAAUUGUCAGUGAUUUGAAACAGUCUUGGUCUUUAUCUUCGGUCUAGCGUCUUUUGUAGCUCGUUUGUAAAAUACAACUUCGAUUUAUUUUGUUGAAUAAGACAAUAUGUUGUUGUUGAAUUUUUGUUUGCGCUCUAUUUUAUGAAUGGCAUGCGUUUUUACUUCAAAACUACAAGUAAAAUUGUCGUCACAAUUUUAUUCUUGAUCUAGCAUAACCAGAGAAGAAACGUUCCGUAAAUUCUAUCGAAAUAUCCCUUAUCUAAACCCAUUUCGCUUGUUAACCUCUCUAAAUUCGGAGCCUUGGACGUGACGGAGAACAGGGAGAAAGUUACGCGAUAAAAACAAUAGAAUUUUGACAGUUGAAUGUAAUUUGCAUAACCUCUGAGCGCACAUGGAGAAAGUCACGCGUUAAAAACAAUAGAAUUUUGACAGUUGAAAGUAAUUUGCAUAACCUCAGAGCGCAUGCUCUCCACCUGACAUAGCCUUCUUAAUGCAACCUCGUUCCUAGGGUCUUCUCGCUUUCCAAUAUGGCGGCGGCAGGAGAGAAGACCCGGGCACACAGCGAACUAAAACGAUCGCUGAUUGGUGCAUUCCAUUGCGCGUUUAUACUUGCGCUCUCAUUAGUUUAUUCAUUCCAAAACAAAGAUGGUUACCCUUUGAGGGCUUCGUAGAGGCUGAGAAGUGCUUUCUUCAGUGUUUGAGACCUAAAAGGUGGACAGAAUUCAGGUCUGAUUGUUCGGAAACCUGUGACUGUACCGUUGGAAGGCAAAGAUUCGAAGAUAGUAAUAUCUGAAAUGGUAAUCGCUGGGAAUAUUAUAAGGCGUAGAGGUAUUUCUGUUGCUCGUGCUAUUUGGUUUGUGUGUUCUAAAUUACUGAAGAUUUGUUUCUUUAAUUCCCGAUAUGUGAAAGAAUACUUGCAAGGCUUCAGCUUAUCAAUAAAUUUAGCUGUCCGUUUGCAAAGGUUUAGUAUUGUUUUGCCUUUUGUUUUCUUUGAACAAUAGCUGUAUGCAUAAUAUUAUUAAUGUAUGGGGUUAUACGGAAAUCUUGCAUAAUCUGUGCAUAAUCUGUCAUUUUUUUUGUUCAUUUGAUCGUCGCAUGCAUGGACCUAACCUGGCCUUCUUUUAAUUUUUUCCACUGUGAUUUUGAAGGGGGAUGAGGAGCGAGAAAUGCAGAUGUCGAAACAAAACUAAAAAUUGAAGCCAAACAUAGCGUCGCCAUCCUUUGACAUUUUUAAUCCUGACUUUUCAUUUAUUCAGUUUUUAGUGUCACAAUAAUGAUAACUUAUUAUUAUAUGCUCAUUUCUUUGACAGUAAAAUACAGCUAAAUUCAGAGACACUGGGAAAAUAAACUGUUUCCUUUUCUCAGAAAUGAAAAACUUGCAUAUCAAUGUAUGAAGCUUGUGGGAUUUCUUUCUAGUUGCAAAAAUAAAAUAAUGAAAGCACAUGAUGUCUUUUAUUUUAUCAAGUUGAAAACGGAGAUCAGCCCAUGCAAGGAAAUCUGACAGUCUUGGAUUCUCAAUUCUGCACCAUGGAUACUGCAUUCUGGAUUCUUUGUCAGUGGAACUUGGAUUCCGGAUUCCAAUUAUAAGUGUGAUCUAGAGUACUUGACCUUUAUUCCAGAUUCCAAGAGAAAAAUUUCCGAGAUUCCGGAUUCCCUUACAUGUGGUGACAGUGAUCCUAAGAUAAAUACGUUUUCUGUCAAACCAAGGCCUGUUAAUUGAGCUUCUAAUUACUCUAGGCUAAGUGUACAUGUUGUUCUUGUCACUAUAUGCUUGAAAAGGGGGUUUGUGGACCGGGUGAAAUAGUGGCAGGGGUUGUAGUAUUCCAAAACCAGCUGUGUAUGAUUAUGAAGCAGCUAUAAUUCAGUUCUAAAACUUGGAUUUAAAAAAAUAAACUGCUUGAAAGGGUGCGUAUAUCACUAUCCACUGAAUAAACAAGAGCGGAAGGGGCCUGCAGCAUCUUGAACAUGGGAUUUUUCAUGUAGGGAUGCCAACGCUUUUGAAGUGUUUUGCGCUAGAGUCCCCAUUAGCAUUGUGAGCUUUUAGCUACCUAGUCACGGCCAAUGAGUUUCGGGUCAUGUGGUCCCAAGUGAAACAGUGGGCGCUUUCCAUUUAGGAAAAAAACCCGGAAAUUUCGGUGGCAGCAAAAGUGGAAUUUCCGAUUGGUAAAAAGUUGUUCCAUUCGGUCGUAAACACCGGUACGUCGCGAUGCCCGACCGUGGACCUGGAACUGGUACAAACUACGAGAAAGGUAAAUGGAACACGACAUUCCGUUCGGAAAUUCCAACCGGGAAAACGGGCUCACCUUUUUAGAUUUUCCACUUUUUCUGGGAAUUUUCCAGUGGGACGAGCCGACGAAACGUGUUCCAUUUACCACCGAACCAGAAAUUCCGGAAAUUUUGACUAAAUGGAAAGCGCCCAGUGAAACAGUUUUCCUCCAGUUUGCCUAAGAUACGUCGCCAAAAUGAAUUGACCAAGAGGGCCUGGGAAAAUGCCACACAGGGACAAGGCAAGGCUUUUAUCUUGUUUAGGUGUUGGGCUGUGAGGUUGCAGUUGUUAGAUGUGCUGGCUUAAAUACUUCCAAAGUCUACUUUAAGGUGUUGGUUAGUCUUAGUCAUAGUGUCUGUAUUAUAAUCAUAUACCGGUAUAUAUCAUCAGAACUAAUCAGAUUGACCCGACUGAUAAUCGAUUAUAGUAGAUUAUAGUUUUGUGACCCCUGUGUACCACUUUCAACACUGAAUAUAAUUUUGUAAGUGAACAAAACUUACCCUGCAAGCAGAUGCUUAUCUGUCACAUAGUUAAACUAACUAAACAUCGUAUAAACCACAUUAAGAACCCAUCAAAAAGACAACACAGGUGUAUUAAUGUCCUUAUUUGUCAACAAUGCUUUUGUGAAUUUUUCACAACAAUCAAUUGAACAUUUGUAUAAGCAAUACUUACUUAGCUUUAGGUUUCUGAUCAAUGAUAGAUUAUGAGCGAUAAUCAGCACACCACUACCAAGUCAUGUCUCAGUUAGAGUACGAAAUGGCCCAUCUGAUGAGCAAAGCAUGUUUGACUUAAAGGAUCUAUUAUCUCCAAAUGAGAUAGGAACUUUUACAGUGCACAUGACUCAGAUAGGACAAUCAAAUUUUUGAACGACUGGAGUCUAGCCUUUAGUCAAUUUGCAUGUUGCAAUGGCAAAGUGCGGUCCCAAGUAAUAUGUAAAAUAAACCAAAGUCAGGGAUUAAGAAAGUUUUUGCUCUAAAAAUCAAAUCUACUUCAAAGUGGAGAAUACAUUUUGGAUUGCUAUAUUACAAACAAUGGAAACACUCUUCACCUUUUGCUAGCUAUUGAAGCGGGGUUAAUGCUUUUUUUUACAUCUGAGAGGCAAAAAAAACAAUACCAACAACAUCUUAAAUCCUCUAUUAAGGCCCCCUCUCUCAAAUAAGCCCUCCUUUUCAGUGGAUGAAAGUUUUAACAAUACGCCCCCCUCUCUUUUAACCCCCAUCCCACCUCCCCCCUAUUCUUAUUCUUCACUAAUAAAUAAGAGACUAUCAAUCAAUGACAAAUGUAAAACUUUGUGUGGACCGAUCCAGGAUGGUUUAUUUAGCAGCUGGAAGUUUGGCUUUCUUUUUGAUCCUCACCUGCUUGACCUCCAACCUUCUUGUACUUCGGCUUUUCCCCUUGGCUUUUUUUUGUUUUUGUGGGGAACUAAUACCAGCGUCUUUGCUAGAUUAAAUAAGGCCCCUAUCUCUAUUGCCCGGAAGCAUUGUGAACAGGGUUAGAUAUCAAAAGCCAAUAAGAAAGUCUAAAAAAUGUGAAGUAGAUGAAGAAUGACAAUAAUAGGCCUUAUCACGGUUUUGACAAGUAGGCAACCGCGUGAGAAAUUACAGUGUUUGUAUGAGAAUCUAAUGUCCAAAAAUUUCCGUAAAACGGCUGUUCUGAAAAAAAUAUGAAUUGUUAACUAAAUUUUCUCUGCUAACGAUUCUUCUGAAAAAAUUUGAGGUCGUUACAUGCAGCUAUAUGCAUUAGAACCACUUUUUAAAAUUUUCUAUACAUUUGCCUGUAAACGUUUCCCGGGAAAAAAUUGCAGACAAAUAUAUGGAAAAUCUGAAGCAAGCGUCUGGAGAAAUUUAAGCACAGUAACGGCCUCCAAAAUUUGAUUGUAAAAUCCUUUGCCGUGUAGCUUUAGUUUACAGUUCAUAUUUUUUUCAGAAUAGCCGUUUUACGGAAAUUAUUCCACAUUAGAUUCUCAUACAAACACUGUAAUUUCUUAUGCGGUUGCCUACUCGUCAAGAUGGCGUCGAAAACCGUGAUAAGACCUAUUUUAUUACCUGUACCAGAUCAAGUGACAAAAUAUCCAAACUGAACAAGGAACUGUUUAAUUUUCAACCAAAGUUUCCUCAAAUUAUAUUAACAAAAUAGUGUUCUCUGGUUCUUGUUUUCGGAAAAAAUAUUGUUUUUUUACAUAUCAGAGUUCAGUUAAAAUGUGUGCAGAUAGAAAAACAAUAGUCAAAAGCCUCACGAAGAUCUGUAACAAAACUGACGAUAACUUAUCAGCUUAAAGUGUCUGCGACUCAAUUUAAUGCUUUGUUGAAUUUCGGAGCGGAAGAGGUUUUAGGGCGUCAUGACAAAAAAAUUUGGUGGCUUCAGAGGUCUGUUCUCGAAAUUCCUAAGAUGAAAUAAAUUGCGCUCACGGUUAGAAAAAGCCCACCUUUCACGAAAGAAGAAAACUGAACCUCCGGCACUCAGGGUAGGCAAAAAAAGAAAACCGUGAAAAAAGGCCGGUAUCGAGAAAUGUACGCUAGAACGUUCAGGCUUAAAAGAAAUGAAGGUCAUUGAACAGAAAAUAAGAUCGCUAUAUCAUUCUACCGUAUUCCUGUGGCUUGUAAGAACAUUCUUUCAUAUUUUUAGCUUCUUGCGAUUGCUGUUGCCACCAUUUUGUUUGUUUUUCACCAGUCUUAAGACCUCUUACCCAGAUCCUCUCACUCUUUAUCUUGGCCGCCAUUUUGAAUAAAUUUCCACUCUCCGUGGACAAAUCAGUCACGUGAUUUCUGCUGUGUGCCAGGCUCUUCUCUCCUGCCGCCGCCAUAUUGGAAAGCGAUAAGACCCUGGGGACGAGGUUGCGUAUUGAUGUUUUGGAUGCCUCAUUCCUCCAAUAUUUGAGCUUAUAGAGAAUUUUCUGUCAUCAAUAACAACUUUAAAUGGGUGAAUAAUCGAAUAGGGGGAUGAAGAGGAAUAAUCCCGGUGUUUAUUAUUAUUAUCCCAGCUGGAAAAUUUUCCGUUAUUCCAUUAUUCCAGUAAAAAAGAACUCAUUAUUCCGUCGAAAAAACCUACUUAUUCAAUUAUUCCGCCCCACAAAAUGGCGUUAUUUCCAUUUUUCUUACUCCAUUAGUUCUCUUCACCCCCAAAAUCGAGCCAGCUACAGUAAGUCUUUUAGAAUCAGAAUCAUCAGUUUUUUUUUUCGUACUCUGCUACAGGUUGGUGAUCCAAACGAAGACGGUGUUAGUGGACUCACAUUAACAGGACCUGAGCAUGAGUUAGUUGUUGAUACUACUUCACCUCCAGAGCAGAUCAAGGAUCGAGCUGUAAAUUUAAUAAAGUAUAUGAAUGGUGAAGAUGUUAAGCCUGAAGAAUCUGUUGUCAGUAUUGAACUGUGGGAUUUUGCUGGACAACACCUGUAUUAUGCAUCCCAUCCUGUAUUCUUAUCAUCACGUUCGCUGUACAUCUUGGUGUGCAACCUCAGCAAGUCACUGCAUGACACAGCCAAGCCCUGUGUGAGGCAAGGGUCUCGUAAUGUUGAUUUGAAAAACCCAAAUGGCGAAACAAAUCUUGAGAACUUGUUGUCUUGGCUGUCCACAGUGCAUAGCGUCGCACAGAUGAGAAGAGGAACCUGUGAUGAUGUAGAAAAAGAGGUGCCUCAUUUGCGCCCCCCAGUGAUCAUUGUAGGAACCCAUGCAGACAAACCAUUUGAAGACAUUGCAACAAUGAAAACAGAAAUCCAGAACGCAAUUGCUGGUAAGGACUAUGAAGGACAUGUGGUGCGGCCUAUCUUCAGCAUUGACAACACUGCAAAAUUAACUCAAAGAAAGAUCAAGACAAUGUUUUUCGGGAAAGACGAAAACAUUGAGGAGAUCGAAGCUCUACAAGUCAAAAUCAUGGAAGUGCUAAGACAGGAGCCUUACAUUGGGGAGAGGAUACCUGUGAGGUAAAUAAUGGUUAUACAAGAACAGAAUCCAUUAAAGUAAAUUUUAAAUAAUUUCCAUGUCAAAAGUUGAGCUGUGAACGCACUGAAAUUACUGUUUAUGUGUAUGGCUUUUGUUUCCGCCAGUCCUUAUAAGAUUUUACUUUGAUAUGCAAUGUGUUUCAGGUGUCAUUAGUAACUCAUUGACUGUGACGCUAUAUAAAAGCGUGAAAGAAAUGAAUACCUCGUUGAUUGAAACAAGUUAACCUUGAAAAGUAGUUUCUGGCCUUAAGGAAUGUUAUGUCCUGAAGAGUUUCACAAACUUAUUUCGAGUUGGUCCAAAAGCACUGUGUACAUUUCAUGUUCGUUUUAAAAAGGUAAAGUAAUCAAUCUGUAGUAAACUGCAUAACUCCACAGGGUCACCAUUAAGAACACGAUCAGCUGUAUUAGUUAAGCUUAUUUAAGCUUAUAUUUAUUUCAUUUCAACUUUAGAAAGACCAUCAAUGCUAACUAAUAAAAAAUCUUCACGGCUUUUCACAUGUCAGCAGUCAUGUUUUGGAACGUGUGUAUGCUUCUGGCCCCGGUUGUUCAAACGAUGAAUCACUAUUAAGCUGGAAAAUAUCAGUAAACCUAAUGGCACUUUCCACUGAUUUUGGACAGAUAUUUAUCCAGUGAAGAGAUUUAUCCACCUUUCGCACAACUGGGCCCUGUACUUUAGUCAGUACAGGUAUACUGUGUAUAUGUGACGUGGAUACUUAAAGGCGUGCUAUCAAUUUUCUCUUUGCUUUUGUAAACUAGGUGGCUGAACUUUGAGAAAGUCAUCAACGCUUUGCUUUCCAAGCUAGUUUAUUACCUGAGUAUAACGAAACUACGGACCCAUGCCAAAGAGAAGUGCUUCAUCGAUGAUAAGAAAGAGUUUACCACCAUGGUGAAUUUCUAUCAUGACCUGGGGAUCAUUAUCAAGCACCGUAGCACAGUCAUCUUGAGUACCCAGUGGCUGAUAAACUUGUUCGGGCAGCUGAUCACUAUUCCAGAUUUUACGAAAAUGGUAAGAAAUGAAUUUUAAAGGUGUUUUAAAACUUGCAAGGUUUAUAAUGGUCCACAUUUUGGCUGACAUCACAGGUUUCCAACCGUGCUGUAGCUAAUAAAAAUAACUAUAUCAAGUGCAUUGCCCGCUAUCUUUUUGAAAAUGUUAACUGUUCCUCAAAUAUUUGUAAACUGCAAAAUCGUAGUGGAUUGGGCUGCUGUUUAAUAUUUUCCCAGUGUAAACCAGUUAGGGUAGGCGAUGUAAUUCUGAAAUCAAAUCUUAUAACAAACCUAUAACAACUGAAUUAGUACUAACGCCUGGUCAGCAGUCGUCCCUGUAAUCAACCCGCUAUACUGACGUCACUAUGAGUGAACAUUACAAUGAAACAUUUCACUGCACUUUCUUAUUUGAACGUUGUAAUAUCCCAAGAGGAUUCUUGUUUCAAUUUAUAAGGACUUCAGGUGACACCACGAGGCACCCGCUAAAAAUAAGAGGAGCUUAUAACCAAUUUACCUGCAAUUUACCUUUUAUGUAGGCUCAAAGGAAUCGGACAACCAAACAGGGUGAAAAUACAUAUUGUAUAUAGAAAGGAAACCUGACUUCUCACUGAUGCACGCGAUAAGCGAAUUGCGAAAAAUUUAUAACACUGCUCAACCUACACAAAAAAACGAAGAAGUUUAGCUUGUACCAAGCAGUAUUGUCUCCUACGCUGACUUCCUUUUGGCUCGUUACGCAACCCUCUCCAACUAGAUUACAAGUAGUCUCUUCCUCAGGGACAGUGGAGCGAGCGAAUUAGGCGAGCGCGCGUGAAAUUUGUCACCCUCGAGGAAGGUGACAAACGCUCCUGUAUUUUAAUCGCUCAAAUAUCCCAGGGGAAAAUAAGGGGCCACUCUUAGUCUACCCCCAGUAGUAUAUUAGGCAUAGAAUCACCCUUUUUUGCGGUGGAAUCUUCGCUGGAAUACAUAAACACUGAUGACACCAUAACCCUUUUGUCUUUAUCUCAUGAAUAAAAUGCGGUUGAAUCUCUUUAAAGACCGGUUUACAUGGAGGUGUGGGGGACCCCAGGUAGGUGAGGUAACCCGCUGCUGGUCACCCAACCUACCAUGUGUACGUGAUCAAAUUAAAAUGAGACAUUAUGUGGACAGGCGGGUUACCCCACCUAAGCGGGUUACCUCACCUGCCUGGGGUCCCCCACUUCCAUGUAAACAGCCCCUAAGAUAAGGUCGUGUGUUAUUUUUAACUCGUUGGACAGGUUUUCCAGUUAUUUCUUGGUAGAUGAAGGUUUUACUUUUUGUUGGUUGCCUACAUGCAAGAACCAGCUAGGGAAAGUAUUCAUUGGUUGAUUCAGGUGGUCGAGGGAAUAAGCGCUAACUGGCCUUGACUUAAAACUCACUAAUUCGUGACGUAGUUAUGCAAGUUACAUUUCAUACCGCUUUCAUUCUUAAACAAGUUGUUGAGGUUUAUUGAUUCCUGGUGCGCAAGUCGUGAAUAUUUUCUACCACUUAAAACCUAUUUUUUCACUUUCCCGCAUCUCUUUUUUUCUUUUCCACACUUCUGUUGUUUCCAUCCACCAUAACAACUACAUUUCCAUUGUUUUCCCUUAGCCCGCGUUGUAAAGAAAAGAAAACUUGACUUCGUAAAUCUUCCCACAGGAUUGAAAAGGAUUGUCUGACGAAUCAAACGGAGGAAUGCUUAGAAGGCUAUGCUCUUUACUUUUAUUCACACAGUAGUACUUUCUGGGCUGGCUACGUAACUUUCAUUUUGUAUGCAUCCACACACAAAAACUCUAGAUCUUUUUCUUUUUUUGUUUAAUUAAAAUAUUAAAUGAAAUAACCAACAAUUUCCAAUAAAACAAUUAACUAGUUUAAAAUGCUCCUACAAUAAAACUAUUUUAAAAACUUUUUGUUAUUGUCCCUCGCCUUAUUCCGUCUUAGGUUCCUAAGGUUGCCAAGCACUGGAAGGAAGUUAAAGAAAGCGGUGUUCUCUCCAUGGAACUGGUUGAUCUUGUGUUUUCCAACUUUCUCCUGAAGGGUGUUGCCAGGAAAAACAUUCUGGAUUUGAUGGAACAAUUUGGAUUGAUUGCAAAAUUUUCAUCUUCAAAGACAGGGGAAAAAUACUUUGUUCCAUCUCAACUCAAAACGCCGCCUGAUUCUCUUUGUUCCAUGGCGUCCACAACCCUCGACCCUUGUCCCUUAUUUGUUUACUUCGUCAGCGGUUCUGUUCCCUUUGGUUUGUUCACUCGGCUUGUUUCUCGGUCUAUCCGUUGGUGUUCUGAGGUUGGUCCAACUCAGCCCCCUACCCUGUAUCAAAAUGGAGCGUGGUUUGUUAUUGGGAAGCAAAUUGUCCAUGAUUUCGUUCUUAUUUGUAAGAAGCAGUUCAUUAAGUUCUUUAUCAAGCAAAGAAACCAACCGAUCUCUGUAGACGGCACACGUGAGGUGGCAGUGCAGGUUCGUGAGUUUGUGGAGGCAACUUUGCAAGCUUUGUCACGUGAUCUCUAUAAAGGUGGAUUGCAGUAUCAUAUUCGGGUCGCCUGUCCGUAUUGUCAGCGGGAGGAAUGCUCAAGCCAUAAUCAGAUUGCAUGUUCCCAUGAAGAUUGUCUUCACCUCCUUGAGUUACGACAAGGCGAUCCUCUGAUUUGCAAGAAGAAACCUGCAGAGGAGGUACUCACGGUUACGGGACAAGAACAGUGGUUCUCACAAAUAGAAAGUAAGGUAGGUAGUAGUGAAAUGCGAUCUCUAGCAGUGCUGUUAGCAUAGUACGUGUCAAUCGAGUCCACAUACUACUAAAAAUUAUGUCCUUAACAGAGUAGCAAUCUAUUUAAACUAAAAAGGUUUCAACAAAGUCUAUGCAUGUGCUUUGCUAGGUUAUAGUAUGAUGUACAACGUAUGCCUUCAUUUAUCCUACCACGGGCUUCUCUGCAGUGUAAGAGAAGGCUUUGUUGAACAUUGGUACUUAAUGUCAAGUAAGUUGAUAAGGUCUAUUGGCUACCAUGUGUUACUAUUUGUUAUGGACUUGUAGGCAUAGCAGUGGGCAUAUAACUUUUUCUCAAGUCUUUUUUAAUGUGCUGUUUUGCUUUGCGGUUGAGCAAUUAGCUUAUAGCAUCUAACCUCUUGUUAACAUGUUUUGCAAACUUUCGUUUAAAAAGGUAGAAACACCCAGAUGUAAAAAUUUAUAUUUUUAAAUAGUGUGCAAUUUUGGUUGCUAUGGAGGAAGCGUGUACUCCAAUAUCAUCAUCAGAUACUGCACACGCUCGUCCAGAGUGUCUGGUACUGAAAGUUACUCUCCUGGCGAACGAGUGGGGGUCAUCUAAGGGUGGCUUGUCAACAAUAAACAGAACUCUUGCCAUACAUUUGGCAAAAGACCCACACGUAGAAGUCACCAUACUUGUACCUGAAUUUGAGUGUGGCGAAGAGGAUAAGAGAGCUGCCAAAAGUCACAACAUUUCCAUCCGGGAAGCAGGGCGCCUUCCUGCCUUCAGUGAUCCUCUUGACUGGUUGAGUUUUCCACCAGAUGACCUUGACAUCCAGGUUGUGAUCGGCCAUGGAGCUAAGCUUGGCAGACAAGCGCAAAUUAUCAGAAAGUCUCAUUGCUGCAAGUGGGUGCAGGUUGUUCACACUGAGCCUGAAGAGCUUGCGAUGCAUAAGAACUAUCCAAGCGCCAUUGCCAAGGGAGAAGGGAAGAACAGAGCUGAAGUUGACCUUUGUCAAAUUGCAGAUCUCGUUGUAGCCGUUGGACCCAAGUUAAAAGAAGCGAUCGCGUGCAAGUUGCGUUCAUCUCAUCGAGACAUCUUUCAAUUAAUACCAGGUUCCUUUGCAGACUUUUCAUAUAUUGAACACGCUGCACAAGAUGAUGUAAAUUUCAGAGUAUUGACCUUUGGUCGCGGUGAUUUGGAAGACUUUACUCUUAAAGGAUACGACAUUGCCGCUCAAUCCAUAGUUGAAUUGAAGGACAGUACUUACAGUCUUGUUUUCGUUGGUGCUUCCGAUGGAAAGCAGGAUGAAGUCGCAGAAAUCUUACUCCAAACGGGCAUUUCAAAGAACCAGCUGAUUGUCAGAUCAUUUGUGAAAGACAAAAAAAGAUUGAGAGAGUUGUUUUGUGAAGUUGAUCUGGCCAUCAUGCCAUCAAGAACUGAGGGGUUUGGUUUGACAGCAUUGGAGGCCAUGUCAGCUGGUCUUCCCAUUCUAGUUAGUGGAAACUCUGGAUUUGGAAAAGCACUGGGUGGUCUUCCAAUGGGUGAGUCAUUUGUGAUCGACUCUGAUGACCCCAAGGAAUGGGCAAAGGCAAUUGCAGCCAUCCGUCAAAAAUCAAGGACACAGCGGCUUGAGGAAAUCCAAAGACUGCGAAGAAGUUAUGAUGAAAGAUUCAGUUGGGAGGGACAGUGCCAAGCCCUUGUUAACAGGAUGUGGAAGAUGGUCUAUGGUAAGAAAUCAAAUUUACCGAUAGAAAAGUGACAAUAAUAAUAACAAUUAGUACUUGAAAAUGUUAAAAUGCAUAUCUUAACAGAAUUAUUCUUCAUUUGACCUUCAUCUUUCAUCGCUGUAUGUCCAUGGCUUCUGCAAUUGCGGGUGUAUAAAUACAUUUUUACUACAUUAUGUUUCGUGGUCUGUGUGCAGCGCUGUAGAAAUAUUGUCGUUAACCUUUUUAACCUUAAUUUUAGCAUUCACACUCUCCACCCUGUUCUCCAUACAUAUCUUGUGUUACUGAUUAGGAGAAUUUAUUUAAUAAUCAAGAUCUUUUUUACCGGCUUAUCAAUUCCAUUCUUUAAAACUUUUAUGUAUAAUUUUAUAAAAUGUUAGCUACACUUGAAGGAGUUAACGGUACAUGAAAAUUAAAAUCUAUAACAUUGCGAUACAUCAAAGUCAUCUGAUUUCUAUUAAUCUGCAGCAGCAAUGGUGGGAUUCUCUUGUAUAUAAACAGAAAGUAACCAAAAAAGCCCAGCCAAACUUUUGGGUUAUAACUUAUAACAAAAAAUGAAUGGAGGGCUUUUAAGGUUGGAAUCUUCCUUUUUUUAAGAGUGACAUUUUUUUGUUGUAAUCAACUCUUUUUCUAACUUACAGGUCUUGAAAAAACCAAAGAAGGUGACGUUCCACCGAACGACUGUGAAAAAGUUGCUGCCACGGGACCGUUGGCAGGUAUUGUAAUUGUUUGCUUUGUCAAUUAGAACAAAGACAAAAUUUAUUUUGCAGUAGAGUGCGGCUAUUUUCUUUUGUUGAACAAGGGUGCUUUCGAUUAUUCGGAUGCUUUUAGCUUUUCAGUGUUUAGUGUAGCAUCUCCGAGUAAACUGACGCAAAAUAACUGUUUCCCUCUCCCGCUUACAGGCCAAGCCAUUUAAAUUCGCUACUAAUUUUAAACUUUGCAGGUGUUGAAACAACCCAAGAAGAUGACGUCCCACGGAAUGGUUUUGAAAAAGAUGCUGUAACAGGACCGAUAGAAGGUGAUGUCAUUGUUUCCUUUGCCAAUUAAACCAAAGCCAAAAUAUAUUUUUGUGGUAGAGUGAAGUUACUUUGUUCUUUUAAAACCACAGUAGUUUUUUUGAAAUUGUCGACUGUCGUAAGCUAUAGACCAGUGUACUGUGCUGCACCUGUUUUAUGGAACUCGCUGCCAUUAACUAAAAGAACAAGUAGGAGCCGCGCCAUUUUUAAAAAGCAUCUUAAAAGAUUUCUUUAUAGGAAAGCUUAUAAUCUACUAGAAUGACUCGAAAGUUUAGUGCUUUGAACAUUUUAGUUUUAAUUUUGUGUAGAAUUUUAGACUUUUCAGAUUUUCGCGUAGCAUAGAUUUUUUUUGGUUAUUGUUGUUGUUAUUAUUAGCUUUUUAGGAAUUUUUGAUCUAUAACUUAAUGUUAAGCGCUUUUGAAUAUUUUAUGGUUCUAUCACUAUACAAAUUCUUUAUCAUUAUCAUUAUCAUUAUCAUCAUCUCCUAUAAAACUGGCGUGAAAUAACCUCUAUCUUAUUUUGUCUUUUUCAUCUUCCUCUUUUAGGUGAACUCAUUUUCCGUACGCUUCAACAAAUUCUGCUGGAAGCACGCACAGAGUCCAGCAAAACUGAGCUUUCGCAAGCUUUAAAGAGGACUGCGUUGGAAAAAGGGUUUGCGAUAUCUGACAAUCAAGGAGGGGGGAACUGCAUGUUUUUUGCUCUUUCAGAGCAGCUUGACCUUAUCAAAGGAAUUCAAAUGUCCCAUGAUGAGUUACGCCGAACUAUUGUUCAACACCUUCGGGAAAACCCCAGGCUGGUAAGUGUCUUAUUACCUUAUUAGGGUGCACACACUUGCAGUAUACGCGUAUAGCCGUGGCAUUUGCCCGCUACAUUGUUUUAAUUCCUCUUAAAGUUAAAAACAAUAAGGCCCUGUCCACACGUGUCCGAAAUACGCUUCCACACGAAGCGUAUUUGAAUCUUUUUCUCCCAUCCACAUAAAAACGCUAAAAUGAUUGAAAUAGGAAUAGCAUCCAUUUACAGAGCAUGCGCAAUGUUGUAUUCUAAGUCCUCUGUAUUCGUCCAUCCGCACGUCCUUUUCUAAAAUCUCCACUCUUGGGAACAUUUGUGAAAACCUGCUUCUUCGGCGCCCGAAAAUGCCGAUCACGUGUGGACGGAAGGCUAAAAUGGACAAAUAAAUAUCCGAUUUCAAAAAAUAUAUAUCUGGAUACGUGUGGAGGGGGCCCAAAUUCCUGCGAUUGAAUGUGAUGGCUUUACGGGUUUGCUGCAAAUAAAUCCACCCUUUAUGAGCAAAACAUGAGCUCUGCAUGAGCAUCACGCUUGUUUGUACGUUGCUUCGUCGUUCACUGGACGACUGCGACGCAAAACGUCCGUAUGCGACGUUUUGUGGAGGGCACCGAACCCCCUACAGUGAAUUAUUGUUUUCGGGCUUCGAUACAGUAAUUAAGAACUCAAAUCUAAGACAAUUCGUCGACUUAUGUUAAAUUAAGCAUUAUGAUAAAGUUUGAGAGAACACUCAUUCUUUUCCCAAGUUACUUUCGAGUCGGAGGCAUAAAUGGAUACGGAGAAAUUUUUUUACCUGUUUUUGUCGGCCCGAUCGUCAUGCUCAUGUCCUAAUUUAUUUUUUAACUGUACGGUAUAUUGCUGAACUUGAAAUGUCGACCAACACCAGUUUUGUGUGAACAGGAUAUGACUACAUACUGGUUUAAAAGUCAGAAUUUCCAAACUCACAUUAUUUUAACAGUAAACAUCCCUUCCCUCCUCUCUCUCUCUCUCUCUCUCUCUCUCUCUCUCUCUCUCUCUAGAAGAAAAGUAGGGCACUUUUGUAACACUUUUCACUAAUAAAGAUAGCUUCAACAAUUCUGUUUGCUGCAAAUUCUUUCAAGGUCAGAAACGUACUUUAACACGUGUUCCCAAUGAAUGUUAGUGGUCACCAAAUUCUAAUUUAAUAUUUAUGAGCUACGCCCCCAUAUAUACCCAGGAGGUUACAAAUGCGCCCUAUGUUGUGGUAGCAGCCAAUUUAAAGACUAAAAACCCCAUUUCUUGGUCAAAAUGGAGCUAUUACUUUACCAUUUAUACGUCACAUGAUUCUCUUGAUUACCACAUUACUUGAAAUUUGAGUUAUAAAAGCUAGAAAAAAUCUGCCGCGUAAGUAUAUGACUCUUCAUGUCGAUGACAAGAAUCAAAGAUCGGAAAAAGGCCAUUUUUUGUUUUGCAAGUUUGAAGAAUCAAUUUCAUCAGUUAUACUUGACCAAAUUAGCUCAAACUGAAGUAUGAGGAAGAACAAUCAUUAGGCAAUAUACCAAGGCAGAAAGUAAGGAGAAAAUACGCUCUUUCAUUUUUUAAUAAAUUUUUUAAGUUAUCAAUGUGCGAAAAACGGCAACGUUACAAAAGUUCCCUAUUUGCUAGAUGUUCCGACGCUGUUAAUGGGAUAUUUUUUUUGAGAGAUAAUAAACAAUAUUGUUGUCAAAUUAAAGGCUAUUAAGACAGCAACAAGUGACGUAAAACACUCGUCCAUUCCUUUUAAGGGAAGGGAGUUACAGCUACGGAAAAUGUUUGAAACACAAACCCAAGAUAACCUUAUGAACUGAUGAACUAGUUUGUCUUACUGCGGGGGUAUUUAACAGAUAUAAAUUCAUCAGUUGUAUCCUUAACAACAUGAAGAAAUUCGCUCUUACCUUAUGGAUCACAACACAGCUAUUUUUUCGAAGAUUGUGCGUAACAAUCACUCACAGCAAUUAAUCGCUGGAUAACACAUUGAAGCACAAUGUUAGUGCGGAACAACUAAACAUUCCUUUCUCUGAAACAGUGCUUUGAGUUGUCUUUAUAGACCAUUGAUCAACAAAAAGACGUUCACGCCGAUUUCCUCUUCUAGCUACAACCAAGAAACAUGCCACAUUUAAUAACCGAAUCAACGACGCUUUUUUAACGGAUUUGAAUAAAAUAACACUUUUUUGAAAACUGCCUUGAGUUUUGUCUAAAAUGUUUGUCGCGCGGUAGCGUAAAGCAGUCUAGAGCUGGAUAACUCAGUCAUUUUCCCCCAGAAGCUCCCUGAAACGUAAAAGAGACAGGUAUGUUUGUUCAGUAUUCUAAGGUUCAAGAUAGUGUAUUUGGCAAGUUGUGAAAGGAUCCGGCGAUCAUUGAGCUGCGAAGGGACCUCCCGAUGACAUCCACUUUUUUCGUUGGUAAUGCUUUCCCUUCUACAUAUUUCUAUACUCUCUGACAUCGCGCGCCCAAAAUAGUCAUAACAAGACUGUCCUAGCUUUGGACGUUACAGCGGAAUACCCUGCCACUUCAACAAUACUCUCCCCAGCCGGCUAGGUGGUACGCAGAAACUAAUUUAAUGAAGAACAAAUUCAAAAUGGCAUCCUGUAUUAUUACUGGCUAAGAGUAAUAUUCGUCGUUCUUUAAACCCUGGAGGGAAACAAGAGCUCCACGUGUGUAGUACUCCUCGUUCUUUCAGCUCAAAAGCGAAACAAGCGUUCUGUUUGACUUGAUGUCUUUUAGAGCAUGGAUCGGGGGUUAACUAAGAUCCUAAUCGAAAGGAGCUCCCGAUGACAUCCACCUUUACUCGUUCUAUAGUCGACUGAUGUGUUAAUAAAGUCGAGUAUUCAUAGGUGAUUUAAAGUUCACGGCACCACCUAAUGACCUACUUCACAACUAUGUGGUUUUCAAUGUGUAUAGUUAUCUUUGACAACAAUUUUUAUUAGUAGCUAGGCUUAAAACAAUAGAUCGCUGGCACUAAACUUUCCCGAUCACUUGUCGAAGUUUUGGACCCGCCCAAAAACGCGUGCAUUAAUGCUUGAUUGAACGCUCGCAAUUUGUAUAUUGCGUUAUGUAAUAUGCACUAAAUAUUAAUCUCUUCUGUAUUUUUUUAGUUAUGUAUUUUUAGCAAGGGAACAGAAACACUAUUAUUUGCUCUGAAUGGGAUAUCAGGUUGGGCAUCUCAUAUCCACUUCUACUGAGAGAGGCUCCGCAGCGGCGGGCCUAUGGGUAGGGUGUUGAUCAGAAGUCCAAAUACUGUUUAACAGACUAAUUUUCGUGCAAUUAAGUUGACUGACUGAAUUCAAGCUAUCAAAGAAUACUGGCGCAUUCCAGGGAAAUGCAAAGUCAUUUUCAAACCUGCAACCAACUGAAGACUGUUACCACGCCCUACUUGAUUCGGACGUUGACGAUAUUACACUUCGGGCUCUCAUACACAAGCUACCUAUCAGACUACGUACGUCGCUUUAAAAUUAUGAAAGGGGUGAUAUUCCCACGAACAAUCACAUAACUUGCAUUGCUAAAAAACGAUCGAGUUCAAAAUUCUUGGUUAUCUGCAAGUCUGGGUAGAUUGUGCUAUUAAAUAGCAACAAACUAGCUACAAAAUAUAUGCCUACAAAAAACGGUGAUUGGAACAAAAGAAAUAUGAUUCUGCCGAGUCUGAAACAUUUCUUAUAAAAUUAAGUGUUUUCAGAGGAAAACCACAAAGUUGCGUCUUUUUUAAGCAACAAAAAACUGCCAAGCGCAAUCUGAAUAGGACUGGUUAGUGAGCCAUUCAGGAUCUGCGGCGGAUAACACCUUUCAAAGGCUUCUGCACCCAUUAGUGUUGUAAAAUUAUUUUCUGCCAAUAAUUUGCUGUUUUAUCCUGUUAAGCCGUAAAGUUAAUGUUAAUCAUAUCUAAAUCAGUGAUGACAGAGUCCUUUUCAAAACUGUUACUAAUUAAAACAACCUGUGGUAGUAUUGUACUGUACCUAUGAACAGCGCCAUGAACCACCGUCAACAAUUAAAUUAGCCUGUGUACAUCCGCCCCCUCCCCUGCAAUUUUUUCUGAGGGGUGGGGGCGGCUGUACUCAGGCUGAACAAUUAUUUGCUGAGGUUUUUGUGAUAUGCAGAAUAAUAAUGGCCGAGGUAAGUGUUAUAGGCCAAGCCGAAGGUCGAGGCUAUAACAUUUACCUUGUUCGUCGUUGUUGUUGCAGCCAACCCCGUUAACAGGGACACUGAAGGGACCACAGAAAGUGUACCUAUAAACGAGGAGUCCUUAUUAAGCGGCUCAUGUUAUUAAAGUCAAAAAACCUCUUUUUACUAGAAAAAAAAUACCAAAGAAAUAUAAGAGGACAUAAGCUUCGUCAAAUUAAACUUCUCUUACCUUCAAAGCCUUCAAAGCCGUCAUAACGCGGCUCAAGUCCACAGAAACACUUAAAAAUCGCUCGUUUAUAUAUUACUCUAUCAAAACCCUUCUCUGCAUAAUUCGUUUGAUGCCUACAAUCGGUGACGUCAAAAACCAUCCUAUCUGGUGUAUUGUAGCGCUGGGAACAUCGACAUGCUGUCAUGAUCAACUGAAGAACUUUUUACCUUCAAAAAGGAGAGGUCUAUUACUGCACACAGUUGAUAUUGAAGUAUUCACAUUAGCGAGUUUGGCUCUCUAUGAGAAUACGUUGAUUAGGCAGGAAAUAAGUGUCUGUUGUCCGCAUUAACGGGUGUCGGUAUUAAAAGGAUUGAAUUUAGAGAAAAUGUAACGGCUUUCUUUCCCUGGGACAAAGAAAACUGUACUCCGUAAUACAAGGUGUCCGUAUCAAGUGGGUGUCCGUAAAGCGGGUUUCGGACCGUAUUUGCGGGGAGCAAAAAUAGUAUUUGGUGACGUCCCAUCAAGGUGUUUUGUCUACGGAGAUUGUUGGCUGUUUUUAAGCUCUUUCUUCACUUUCGUUAAAGUGGCCGCAUUUUAACCCCGUAAUAGCGACUCGACAUUUAGACAAAACAUUUUUGGCUGUGGGACUAAAGAAAAUCACUUUUUGUAGCCGCGGGGUCAAAGGAGUACCUGAAAAUGUAAGAUAGUUUAUGUAUUUUGCGUUGCGUUUGAAAAAAAAAUGUUCACAGACUUCUUUACUUUAAGCAUGGCGCAUUUUAUAGAAUAUGGACAACCGAUAACACCAGCUCGUUUCUCAUAUCUAGUCAGCAUCAUGUUGUCCCUUAUUCAUUUUCAUUAAUAUUAACAUCAGUGACUUUGUAAUGGCUCAUGUUAUUUUUAGAUAAAGGAUUGUGUUAUAUUCUUCCAGGUAUAUCAACAACGGUAACUAAAUUGAAUUUUCUUCUUAUGAGUUUUCCUGUGAAAAAGGACUUUGUUAAAUUAUUCCUGUCCUUAAAAUACAACUAAAUAAAGAUCACACAGUAAACAAGUCCUAUACCCCUACCCUGGGGGUACUCACUAAAAUGGCCAAAACGAGGAAGCUGACCGCCCGAAAGGGCUACCUUUUCUAGGCUUCAGGUAUAUGAAAGGGUAGUUAUUUUACUAGUUGAAGUAUGUAAAAGGGCAGGGAAAUCUUUGAUUACUACAAUCGCUGAACGUUUUUCUUUAAAAAAAAUCGUUAGUUACAAAAGUGCCAGAUUGUUACAAAAGUGCCCCACUCGUUACAAAAGUUCCCUAUAACGUUACAAAAGUUCCCUGUUGUCGUUACAAAAGUGCCCUAGUGACGUUACAAAAGUGCCCUUGGUUACAAAAGUUCCCUACCUUGGUUACAAAAGGUCCCUAUCCCGUUACAAAAGUGCCCUUUUUUCGUUACAAAAGUGCCCGUUCUUAUGGCUCUCUCUCUCUCUCUCUCUCUCUCUCUCUUACACGUGUAACGGACACCUCCCUAAAACCUACUCCACCUCCCUAAAAGUGUUGGUCCCUGCCGUUCUUAACUGUUGUUUUUUGACAUUUUUAAGGAGUGUAGUGUAGGUCACACAGGUUAGACCCCUUUUUGUAGUCGAAUCUUAUUACUGUGAUGACAUGACAUCUUUAUCUCAGGAAUAAAAUGCGGUGGAAUCUCUUCAAGAUAACGUCACGAGCUAUUUUUAUGUAGUAUUUAGUAUAUCCAAUUAUUCUUAUAUUGAUGAUGUAACUUGUUGGGAUCUUGUCCUUAUUUUGUGAGAAUGAUGCCGUAGAUCAUUCUAAAUUAUGUGCGUCAUGUUUUUAUUUGGUCAUGAAGACACCUCUGAGCCAUGACGCCUUCAUUGUCCAUUGCAGACAACUUGAUCUGUCUUCACACUAUACCGUAUAGUUUUUUCGCGGGCACGAGAAUCAUACUGGAUGGGGUUUCAGUUCACACAUAAGAACGGUGAUUUCGGCGCGAUUUCUGUUAAACGGAGAGAAGCUGUGCCGCGCCGAUCUUUUAAGUGGAGAGUCACAUAUCGGAUAGAUGUUCACACUUUACUGGAUGGCUUUUCGUGUCGUCACCAAAGCUUAUCUGGUGUAGUAUGAUCAUAGCUUUAUUGUUCUGGUUCCGGUUCACUGAUUCUUGGCGCGCAAAGGAGAUAAAGACGUCAUCGACGUUACAGCUGAUUUCAUUCCUAUGUAUACACCCGGAUUUUCAGACAUGAUUCGACGGUCAUGAUUCGACCUGUCAUGAUUCGACACUAAUCACGUGACGUAUCGCUUCGCAGUACGUAAACGGUUGCAGUUCUUCCGUGGGAUCCGAAACAGUGAGAGAAAAAUCUGGCCGGCAAGGAAAACUUAGCACUAAAGGACAUAAGUGUAACGAAGCUAGAAUCCCGACAAAUGCGUUUUACCUGGAGAGGAAAGCUUUGUUGCCUGGAAAGCAGCGACAUGAUACAGAAAUUAUGAUAACAUGUUAUCAGGUGAUAAACCUGGAGUUCGAUUGCCGAAUUCGAAUGUGUCUCUGUAGGAGAUUUCAUAAUGGACGAAAUAUUAUCAAUACGGCGAAAAGCGAAAUAGUCCGAUGGUUUAUCGUUUAGUCUUUUUCCGUUUGACAAGGUUUCGGUAGUUUGCCGUUGGUGAAUACCACCCGCAAUUUACAUGUAACAGUGAUGCAAAUUUAGUUAACAGGGAGGCAAAUUUGUAUUUCUUCAAGUUGGUACUUUUUCGUCCUUACUUAGCUUCUGCAGGGUUAAAAAAUACAGAAGAAAUGCAGAAAGAAAUCAACAGAUAAAUUGAUCAGUCUGCCGAUGUGAAAUAAUUUGCUGGAGAGUUUGAAAGUUUUGUUUUGUUGACCAUUGACAAAUAUCAGAAUGUUCGAUCCUCGACCUAUGACCCUAGUGAGCACAAGUAAAGAAAACCAAACAUAAAAGAAAGCAACACCUGUUUUUAUUGAAAAAGGGUAAAAUAUGAUAUUUCUUUAAGAUCAAGGUAGAAGCCCAAAGAAAGUUGAGAAAAGAGCCGAAAAACUUAUUGAUCGAGACGUCCACACGCCCGAUUACAUGUAUUGCGAUUAGAUUGCGUGACUUGUAUGAGAGGCUGUUGUCUGAAAAGGAGAACAAAUCAUGGAUCACAGUCCGCUUUUUCUGAAUUACAAGAGAAACAUUCUAGCUAUUAUUAAAGUAAGUUUCAGAUUGUGUGCUUUGAUUCCUGUAGGAUAUUCAAGGUAAAAUACUGUACUGCUUGGUAACCUCUCGGUCGAAUCAUGACGGUCGAAUCAUGACCGUCGAAUCAUGUCUAAAAAUCAGGGUGUAUACACAGCACUGAAAUCAGCUGUAAUAUAUUCCACUUUAAAAAAGACGUCUACCUGGUCCGUCCUAUACUACUAAGGUGAACAAUUCUCUGUUUUAAUACUUUACUCCUAAAACAGUGUACACCAUACUAGUGCUGAUACCAGCGGGGUCGGCCUCAGAGAGAACAGACUUCGUGGCUGUCUAAAUAAAUACCUUCUACAAAAGUACUCUACAUUUUCUCUAUUAACUACAGUAUUUUCUUUCUUUCUUACAGCCGGAUGGGACAGAACUGUUUCAUUUUGUUGAUGGAUAUAAAUCUUGGGAUGCUUACCUCACAAGUAUGAUGGUAGAUGGUACAUGGGGUGAUCACGUGAUUCUACAAGGCGCGGCAAACUGUUUUCAAACGUCCAUCUACGUGAUCAGCAGUCUGCAGCAUCGGCAUGACGUAAUGAUCUGCCCAGAGUUUGAUGUUACUGGUAGCAACCGGCUUGUGCUGGGUCACGUGUUCGAGCUUCACUAUGUUAGCCUUAUUCCACAUAAAGGAGGUAAAGAUGACUGA